UUGAGAGAGAAAGAAAGUAGGGAAUGAUGAAUUAUGAAAGGCUCUUUGAUGUGAUUGUAAAUAAUAUAUAGAAACAUUAAGCAUUUCAUAAAAUGCUAGAUCCUGUGGAUGUGGAUAUUGCUGAUUCUGAUUUCCUGAAAAACCAAUGUGAUGGUUAUGAAUCUUCAGACUCUGAGAUUGAUAGUUAUUGCAUGGCUUACGCUGUUAAGAAUCGAUUGUUUGGUCGCCAGAAGCCUCUUCAUGUUGUCCUCGGCGGCGGAUUAUGUGCUGAUAUAAUACUUUGGAGAAAUAAGCAGAUCUCAGUCUAUGUUUGUAUGGCUGCAACAACAACAUGGAUUCUAUUUGAGAAGCUUGGUUAUCAUUUUCUUACAUUUGUUUGCCAUGCUACAAUGAUUUUGAUGGUAACACUAUUCCUUUGGUCCAAUCUAGCCUCCUACAUCAAUAUUUUCCUCAGGACGGCAUCGGAUAUCCCGGAAAUUACAGUCCCAAAAGACCUGUUUAUGAGCACUGCUGUUUGCUUAACGAGUGCAUAUAAUUGUGUAUUGAGAACAUUUGGGCAUGUAGCUUUUGGAAAAGAUACUAGAGCUUUCCUCUCGGCGGUUGCAGUCUUGUGGGUUCUCUCUAUUGUUGGAAGAUGGUACAGUUUCUUGAGUUUCCUUUACGGAGCGUUUUGGAUAUCUAUGACAGUCCCACUGCUCUAUGAGUGUCUUGAGGAUACUGUGGACAGCUUUGCAGAGAAAGCACAGAUUGAGAUAAAGAAGCAGUAUGCAGUGUUGGACGAAAUGGUUCUCCAAAAUCUCAAGAAGAAAGUAAUGUCUUACAAGAGUAGCUAAUGCUUCUUCUAGACUAUCAGCUUCAAAACUUUCUGAUAAUACUCGGUCCAAUCUCAGCUUCAUAAACCUGCAGGCAAUACAAUAUGAUCAGAUUCAGAGAGAUGAGGGUGGUGACUCAUAAGGAGCCGUAGCAGUCGUUCCUGCAAGGGUCACAACUCCAUACUU